UGUAAAAAAAAAAAAAAAGAGGGGAGAAAGAAGAAGAAUUACUGCUAUGUAUUCGUAGAAGAAAACAGAAACUCAGAAAGCUGGGUUAGAAAUGGCUGGUUUAUUGGCAUGGGCAGCAGAUGUAGUUGGUGGUGCUCAAAGCAAUGACGAAGACGACAACCCCAAUUCAAUCCCUUUAAUUUUCACUCCACAACAACAAUCCUACCUUCUUGAUUUAGAUCGAAAGGCUAAUUCUCUCACCCGUACGAUCCAAGAUCUACGGCUCAGAAUCCCUCCUCCUGAUAUCUCUGAGCGUCUUCCUCAUCUACAUGCUCACUCUCUUGCCUCUAAUAAUGCUCUUGCUUUACAACUUAAUGCUCACUCCGCUACUAAAGAACAGGCACAAUUAAGAGAAAUUACUCUGCAAGAAGAAAAUGCGGAGUAUGAAAAGGCUAUCUCAAAUUAUGACAAUAAGAUUGAGGAGAAGUCACAGGAAGCUGACCUUCUGCGCAGCAAGUUGCAGGAGAUGGCCUUAAUUGAAGAAACCUUGAAGUCAGAGUUAGAACGAGCACAGGCUGCAGCAGCCAGUGAGACUGUGAAGUCAAAUGAGUAUCUGAUUAAAAACAAUAGUGAAGAUCAAGAAGAUAAGGAAUGUGCAAAUUUUGCGUUGCUGGGGAAAUUAGAGGAGAAGAAGAAGGAACUGAAAUCUAUGGAAGAAGCUGUUCAUGACCUGGAGAAAAAAUGGGCAGAAGUGCAAGAUUAUGCACUCAAGCAACCUUCCCCAGCUCAGCGAGAGAAAAUAUUGGAUAAGCAGCUUCACAGUCUAAUAGAGCAACUUGCUUCAAAACAGGCCCAAGCGGAGGGCCUUGCUAACGAAGUUCAUCUAAAGGAGAUGGAAUUAGAGAGAUUAAAUGGUCUUUGGAGGAAGGUUGAAGCAAGCAAUGCAGAUAUUAGUGCCACUCGGAAUAGGUAUGCAAGAAGCAGCAUUGACAGGGCCCGUGUUUCUUCAGAUUAUAUUGUCGAUCCUCGUCAAAAGCCUGGCAGACUGGAGAAUUUGCAUAAGCUUAUGUUGCUCAGGUCGGCUUUCGUUGUGUACAUUUUAGCACUCCAUAUCUUGGUAUUCAUUAAGAUUUCAUUCUAGAGUUUAGCAGAGUAGUGUAUCCCUUGGUGACUUUAGUUUAACUUUAACUGUAUAAACUGUAAAAUUUCCUGCAUAUAUCCUAAAUAAUACAAUGAUGUAGAUUUUUUGCUUGACGGUUGACAUGUAUAUGGUGUAAUUUCAGACUAGAAAUAUUUGAACGUUCACAA